CUCAGAUAAGGACCCCGCACCCAGCCCGGCUCCUGUCACAGUCACACAGGACAACAUGGCGGCCGCGAGACUCAUCGGAGUGCUGGCCAGGGUCAGCGGGAACGGGGCAGGUAACACGGGGGGUAACCGGGGGCAACGGGGGCGGGUAACCGGGGAGGAGGUAAUCAGUGACCGGUAACCCGGGGAACGGGGGUAUCAGCACUCACUACCCCAUGGGGCAUCCACCAUCUCCUCCUGGCAGGUAGAGGCAGACCCCCUCCUGGCAGGUAGAGGCAGACAGCCCUCCUGGCAGGUAGAGGUGACCCUCCUGGCAGGUAGAGGUAGACAGCCCUCCUGGCAGGUGAGGCAGACCCUCCUGGCAGAGGCGUGGCCCUCCUGGCAGGUGAGGUGCAGACCCUCCUCCUGGCAGGUAGAGGCAGACUCCCCUCCUGGCAGGCAGAGGCAUCCUCCUGGCAGAGGCAGACCCUCCCGGCAGAGGCAGACCCCCGGUGCAGGCAGGUAGAGGCAGACCCUCCUGGCAGUGUAGAGAGGCAGACCCUCCCGGCAGCAGAGGCAGCCCUCCGGCAGCAGGCAGAGGCAGACCCCUCCCUCCCAGGCAGAGUGCAGACCCUCCCUCCCGGCAGAGACCCCUCCCCCUCCCGGCAGGUAGAGAGGCAGACCCUCCCUCCCUGGCAGGUAGAGGCAGACCCUCCCUCCUGGCAGGUAGAGGCAGACCCUCCUCCUGGCAGGUAGAGUAGACCCUCCUCCCCUGGCAGGCAGAGGCAGACCCCUCCCUCCUGGCAGAGGCAGACCCUCCUCCUGGCAGGUAGAGGCAGACCCUCCCUCCCUGGCAGGUAGAGGCAGACCCCCUCCCUCCUGGCAGGUAGAGGCAGACCCUCCCUCCUGGCAGGUAGAGGCAGACCCUCCCUCCUGGCAGGUAGAGUGCAGACCCCUCCCUCCUGGCAGUAGGUAGAGGUGCAGACCCUCCUCCUGGCAGGUAGAGACCCUCCCUCCUGGCAGGCAGAGAGUAGCAGACCCCUCCCUCCUGGCAGGCAGAGGCAGACCCUCCCUCCUGGCAGGUAGAGGCAGACCCCUCCUGGCAGGUAGAGGCAGACCCCUGGCAGGUAGAGGCAGACCCUCCCCGGGCAGGCAGAGGCAGACCACCCUCCUGGCAGACUUUCAUUUUUGUACAUGAAAGUAGAUCCAGGCUUUCAAAGGUCAAAAACGGGAUAAAACAUGCGUAUUAAAUACCACCCUUUGUAUAUCACUAUAUUUACUGUUUCCUGAUAUGUGAAUCAAGCUGGCAUUUUAUUAAUGUCUGGCAUGUCAUAGAUUCGGUGGUAAUCCCAUUAACCCCGAUUCAGGCUAGAUAUUGUAAAUUGAAUAGGUCAUAUGACCUUCAGCAUUAUUCAACCAUGAAAUGAAACCAUAGUGGGCUAUUAAUAAAGCAAUUUGUAUGCUUACUGCAAUUCUAUAUGUGUUGUCCUCGGCUGACCCCGUCUAGUUAAUGUUAAGAAUGUGUUUAGAGCUGUCUCAACUCUGCAGACACCUAGGGCUAAUUUUAAGCACUGAGAGAUGUGUGUUUUAACUGGCUGCAUUUUCCCCUAGAUUUCAUUGAGAUACUUCCUUUUCAAAAACAUGUGUUCAUAGUAACACUGGUCUAAGAAUCUGACCCUUCUAGUUGUCAUUGUAUUCAGUUUAGAUGUGUCAACUUUGAAAGGUCAGCAUAAACAAGUCCUACACAUUCGCACCACAUUACAAACGUGUGUUAUUACAGCACUGUUAAUAAUGACAUGUGUUAUUACAGUGGCAGGUUUACAGUAGGGUUAGGGGUUAUACUGAGAAUCCUCUUGCAGAUCUCUGCAGUGUACAUUUACUGUAGCUAUAAUGUUCGUUGGCAUCUUAUGAGCUAUUCUCUCUGAUACUGGCCUCACCUGUACAACUGAACAUCAGUCUGUCACCAAAUCCUGCCAAUUCCACCUUUAAAACAUUGAGCACCUCCUUCUCUUUAUUACGCAAGAUGCCACAAAGUAACUUGUUCAUGCUCCUGUAAUUCUCUCCUAACUGGUCUCUCCAGACACUCUGCUGCCUCUGUGCAGUCCAUAACGAAUGCUUCAGCGAGGCUUAUUUCUCUCGAUUUGCUCCUCUCACAUCAAACCUCUGUCAAUAGUUACAUUAGCUUCCUGCGCCCUUCGGCAUUCAAUUCAAAAUUAACACUUGCAUAUAAAGCUCUCAACAACCAUUGUUCGUUAAUGAAGACCAGGAAAAGGCAGAAAUGUUAAAUAACUAUAAUUUUCUUCUGUAUAUAUUGAGGAUCCCAUGGCAAGAGAUAGGCAAUUGAUUGCCGCAGAUAACUUGUGAUCGGAUGACUCGAGACAAGGUGCUACAUCAGUUAAAGAAAAUUAUUAUAAAUAAGCUCCCGGGCCUGACUGUACUGUACCACAAGUACUUAAGGAGCUAAGUGGGGAAACUCUGUAUUUAAAGGACCACUAUAGGCACCCAGACUACUUCAGCUCAAUGAAGUGGUCUGGGUGCCAGGUCCCUCUAGUUUUAACUCUGCAGCUGUAAACAUAGCAGUUUCAGAGUAACUCCCUGACAGCCUGAUUGAUCCAAGGAGAUAUGGCUGCCAUUUUUUGGGGCAAGAAGGAAUUUUUGUCCUAGUUUGUUGCAAAAUUGGAAGCGCUUCAGACUGGAUUUUUUUUUUCCUUCUUUUGGAUCAACAGCAAAAAAAUAUGUGAGGAAGGCUGAACUUGAUGGGCGCAAGUCUCUUUUCAGCUAUGUAAUAUGUAACCAUGGCCCCCACCCCACACACAUUUCUUUACUAAUUCAUAGUUACCUCUUCUAAACCACUUCAUUAUGUCAUUGACCUUCUCCUGUCUGCUGCUCAUACCUACACUGCUAAGUCCUACAGCACUUGUCUCGGGUAGCUCCUGUCUCCCCCUAGUCUUCAAUAUUCUUAAACCCAUCUUUUCAGAAUAGUCUGUGGACUUCACCUGUCAUUCUUCAAACCUAUCUCUUACUCUAUCCACUUAAUGUGUCCAUACACUAUCCUCAUCUUCCAAUUCCGCAGCUGUCCUACACGAGCUUCUCAUUGUAUAUUAAUCCCUCACCAUCUGUACAUUUUAUCAAACAUGUUUUGGUUUGCUGUUAAAUCUCCUCCUCUAGAAUAAAAAGCGAUGUGGAAUAAAUUGAGUCUAAAUAAACAUUAAUCUAACUUUAUUUAAAGCAUCCCUUGCCUUUUUACUGUUGGUGUGUCUAGACCAGUAAGGAUAUCUUUCUCUUUCCUCCUAUUUUUGCUGAUACAUGUUAAAUCCUAGUGUUUAAUUGCACUUAUUGUUCACUAUUCUUGUGAACCGGAAUUGGCGAGAAUUUUUUAAAAUUGACUUCCCAAGCACUCUGACUGUUUAGCGUUGCUACAUUUUAAUGCUUGUUGAGUAUUUUUCAAUGGCCAGAAAAUGUAUCCCACAUUCCUGCUAAUCCAUCUCAGUCGUUAUCUUGUUUGAUUUUCUUCUCUUGUUAUACUGUGUAGUUUGUAUGACACGUUAAACUAUCUGAUAUUUAAAGUUAAACCCGAUGUACUGUUUUGGGCCCAAACACAGCUGUAAAGACUGCAAUGUUGCUUCAGGCAAGUGCAAAAUCCUGUAUUACUAUAUUAAGAGCGAUUGUCACGCUAUAUAAUGUGGAUUAUCUGUUACUGUCAUCAGUUUCUUGUGACUGUUGGCAGACUGCCCUAUGUGUGUGUGUGUGUCACCUUGUUCAUGUAUGUAGGACAAAGGUUGCAGAUGACAAGAUUAGCAAUGUAGGCCAAAGUUCCCGUGUCUGCAGGCAGCGGGCUAGUUAUGUGAGGUGUGCGUUUUUAAUAAAUCUUACUGCAAGGAAGCAGCUCUCCUGCUAUCGUGUGUGUGUGUGUGUGUGUGUGUGUGUGUGUGUGUGUGUCUCGCUUCUGAAUGCACUUCCAGUUCAUCCAGUCGCCCUUUUGGAAUACCUGUGUUGCUUUCCCAUGAGGUCUUCUACGCUGAGCUGUGUCCAGGAAUUCUGUCAUAGGCUUUUCCGUCCGACCAGCUUCUUUCAUUGCCGCAGAUCACGUCCUAGUGACUCUCAAACCAUAAGUCGACCUACCAGUUACGCCAGGCAACAGUCCCACGGCAUCCGUCACAGGCCAGCUCCUCACUUUACUUUUUUUUUGUUUGUUUUUUCUGCUGUCAAAUCGACUUUCUAUGCAACCGUUUGUGCAUCUUGCGGUUCAUUUAUAAAACUACCAUGCAUAUUCUGUAUACAUUGCUCGCACGGGCUUUCUCAUAGUCCCGGACGCGAAACGGCUUAAAUCGCUUAUGUUAUGAUUCCUCUGUUCGUGCGGUCCUACCGCACGAACAGAGUCCAUGUGUUCCAUAAUUGUACCACACAUCACUCAAUCAUUCAUACUCACGAACGGGUUACAUGCAUUCACCUAUACCCGUUUCCUACUCGCCGGGCAUGUGCAUACUCCCGUACGGCAAUCAAUUGCCACUCGUGCGGUCUACACCGCACAAACGAGACACAAACCUCAGGGUUUAAAACUACAAAUUUUACCGUAUACUGCAUUUCCCCCAGUAUGGGGACAUGAGUCACAGUUCCAUUUAACCCCCCACAUGACCCCUAUUCAUUACCUGCCUGUUACUAUCACAGUCUACACCUAUUAUUUACAUAAAUCACCUCCCACAACCUCCACUGGCUCUACACCAUUUAAUUACAUUGCUUAACACAUCUAUUAAGACCAACCCCACACUGCCACCUACAGAUCACUUUACAUAAUAUCAUAUGGGAUUUUCUAAAGCACUGACUCCUAUAGGUCAAACAAACAAUUUUCACGUAUUAUCCAUAUGCUACCAUAUACACGGACACAUUAUAUUAUUUAUACAGUAGACAGUUAUUUUUCACAUAGAUACCUGUUAAUUUAUUUUCAUAUGCAAUAAAUAAUACGAUUGCCCAUCAAACAUACCCCCACCCCAUAUAAAAUAAUACAUACCUAACAAAACAGCGGGUGUGUGUAUAUAUGUGUGUGUGUGUGUGUGUGUGUGUGUGUAUAUGUAUAUAUAUAUUCUCCUAAAUAAAUCUGGUACGGGUGCCACAUAUAAUUCUAAACUCAGCGCCCAUAGUAAAUACCGUAUUACGCCAUGGGGCUACAACAUUUCGCCUAAGCAAACUCUGUACGGGCUAAAGUGCAUGUUGAAUUAUAAAUAUUACGCUACACCGAGACCAACGGGGGUCCUACUAACUCUACUGCCUACGGGCCCGCAAGUACGUUUAGAAUUUACGGAGAUUUUACAAACAUCAUCUCCACUGACCUAUAUAGGUCAACAGCCAAACAAAAUUAAGGUAAACUCGGUUGUGCAAUAAAUUUGCUUUAUUUUAUACAGUCUCCAUCUAUUUAGUCUACAGGUACUACUGAAACCUAAAUGGAUUGUCAGGUUUCAAAAACCAUACUACCAGGUACGUGCACCUGCUUACAUUAUAUCCAUACCUGAUCUCCCACAGAAUAGAUAUAAGUACUGGCAGUUGGGGUCAUAGGGGCCAAUAGUUAUUAUCCCUCUUUUUCUGCACUAUGCUUUGGAUUAGUGGUCCUGCGAGGCCAACACCCCGCCUCUCACUCAGAGGCAUACACCCUUUGGGCCACUCGUAAGCUAGCUGCCUCGCAUGUAUCAUAGAGAGAGCCUCAUCUGUCACUCCUCUUCCUAUUUUCUGGUUAGUCACCGAGAGGCCAACAUCCUGCCACAACGUUCAGUGGCCACAAAAAUCCCCUCGCGCCAACGCAUAGAUAGAGCCUCUCAAGCCACUUGGCAACUAGCAGGGCGUCACCAAAACAAUGAGCAUAAUUGUUUUGCCGCACGUUUCAAAUUAUAAUUUUAUCUUUUAUUUAAGUAUGUCUCAUGAAGGUGACGAAAAGAUCUCUUCCUAGCACCUCAGCGAAGAGAUGUUGCCAGUCCAUCUUCAAUCAGAUCCUGGACAAUCCCACACAUCACCACCAAGCUAAGGAGGCGACACAUCCCCCUACCCUGCCCCAGCAGGGAAUGUGGAGCUAUUCAAACUCCUACCACAACAACUGACAACACGGAAGCAGGGGAAGGCCCCAGGAACACCAACUCGGGGGACAUCCAGGCUGUGACGGAACGCUGACACUCCGACUGAGUACCUCCGCCAAUCGAUGCACCUAGUGCUCGCUGAGGACUCCAAGCACUCCAACCGACACCAUCAGCACUGCAGACCCCACUUCCAGCGAUACUGCUGCGCCGGGGUCUCGCCGUCUCCACCCACCCUGGAUCCAUGACCAGGAUCCAGCUCCCAGUGGGUGAACCUCUCCUAAAUCCAGAGAGCGUAGCAGGAACAAAUCAAGCUAUUGCAAGAGUUUACUCUGGGGAGUAAGUGAUUAUAGUAAUCCCCAGAGUGUAGUUUUCCAAUCCCCCCCAAACAUGAGCCAAUGCUUAAUGCUGGAACAAGACUUUACUGGAAGUAACAACAACAGGUAUUCAAGCUACAGUUUCUUUUAUUCCCUGCUCCCAUGCAGGGGAGGGACACACAUGUUAUCUACAGUAGCCAAUAAAACAGAGGUUACAGCCCACAAAAAAUCCUCCCCUCUGCCUGUGAUUCAAUUAUCUUAUAAAAUAGAAGAUGCAAUUAUCACAGGUAGGAAAAGUACAGUUUUUACAGCAUAUUCAUAACUUCUAAAAUAUACAUCACAUUCACAUAAAAAUUAUAUAUUCACAAUCAAUCCAUUCAGGGAAACAUAUAAAAAAUGGCAUGAAUCAGACCAGGGGUUCAGAAGUUAGUAAAGUAUCUUUUGGGGCCUGGCUGGCAGCAUGGCUAUCUGGCCCCAACCGGUUUUACAGAGCAGUCUAUCCUGGAGACAAUGGGGAACCUAAUCCAAUUAUAUCCAGGGAUAGAGGCAGACUCCAUUGAGCACAUGUUCCCAGUAAAACACAAAAGGAUACACAAAUACAUAACUCCUAUCAUACUGAAUUGAACGGGCCAAAUCUCCCAGGGUCUAUAGUCACAGGGCAAGAGGCGGGCAAGCAGUCCUCUCCAGGCACAAGUGGCGAAGGGCACUUUGUCACAGUAAGAAAUCCAUGGAUAAAGUAUCAGGGAGGGAAAGUACUGAAUGAAUGGAGGGGGAUUCUUCACACAGGCUAUGCUGGCCUUGCUCAUGAACUCCAUGGGCAAGGUUAACGACAGACUAGCUAACCUUGAGGUGGUCACCACAGCCCUCACCAAGGCUGGCAUUCCUGACAACGUACAACAGGCACCAACUGAACCACGGGCUACUGGUACUAUGAAUGCUUCAGAUACUCAGGACGUUGAUCCUGCACACACGAUCCCAGCUCACAUUAAAAGAGACAUCCUGGAGGGCAAAGAUGUAAACCUAGCAUCCCUACUAAUUGCCUCCCAGGAUGUGGUCGAGAAUAAGACUUACAUGUAUGACGAUAUAUCUGUGCUGGUCAGAUCCAAGGACUCCAGGUUAAACCGGAAACUGAGCAUCCCUGAAUUUGUUUUAGCAUUUGGUAUAUUUACCCAGGACAUACUUGAAAACGAGAGAAAUCUCAAUGUAUCUUUCCUGGUAAAAUAUUUUAUAUAUAAAAUAUUUAGAGAUGUUAUUUGUGUGAUGUACCCUGAUAGAAGGGAAGAAUUUGAUUGUUACAGGCACAAACUGGUGGACCUGGGAAACAAAUAUGGUGGGUCAACCUUUUAUGACUACCAUAGGUAAUUUUCCACUAAGGUGUAUGGUACCCAUAUCAACUGGAGCAGACUAGAUAAGGAAAUAUUCUGUAGACACUUCACAGUUCUCAAAACACCGGCUUGUGCAUCCUGCUUUUCUACUACCCACACUACUCAUUUUUGUUUUAGCACAGCAGUCGACCAUAAUCAGUCACCUAGCACUAGUUAUGCUGCUAGAACUGAGAAAACCACCAGAGACAAACAAGGUCGUCCCAUCAUUUUCUUUGGCAAAUCCCAGAUUUGCAAUAAUUUCAAUGUGGGCACAUGUAGCUUUAGUGCAUGCAAGUUAUUGCAUAUUUGUUCACAAUGUUUCAGGGCACAUGCAAAAACCAUGUGUCCAAAUAAAAUGUACCCUAAACCAUACCUAACGUCUGUUAACCUCCGUGUCUUCUCAGCACUACUGACCAAUCACCCCUCCAGACAUCUGGUAAAUUUUCUCAUUUCUGGAUUUUCAGAGGGGUUCCAUACAGGCAUCAUACAUAAGCCAAAAGGCCAUCUUGAAUGCCCAAAUUUACAAUCCGCAUAACCCAAGAAUUGGCAGAGGGGUUUUUGUUCGGGCCUUUUAAUACCCCACCAUUAACGGCAUGGCACACAAAUCCCAUUGGGAUUGUCACAGGGAAAUCUUCCCUUAAGCAGAGACUCAUUAUAGAUCUUUCAGCCCCUCAUACCUCUACUACCCCAAGUCUCAACUCCCUCAUUCCCUCUGAAAAGUUUUCCCUACAAUAUGCCACUAUAGAUCAUGCCAUCAUGCAAGCAGGGGUCAGAGCCUGGCUAAGUAAGACAGACAUUACAAAUGCCUUCAAACUACUACCUAUCCACCCUACACUCUGGCACUUACAUGGCAUUAAAUGGGCAGACAACUAUUAUUUUUUCUCCCGCUUAACUUUUGGGUCAAAAAGUAGCCCCCAAAUCUUCGACACAUUUGCAGAAUCACUUUGCUGGUUGUUACUUAACAUUUCCAGAUGCCCCAUAGUCAUCCAUUAUCUGGAUGACUUUUUCCUGAUCUAAGAAAACUCCUUUCCCCCCAGAAGUCUCAAAGAAGCAAUUAGUCUGUUUGACCACUUUGGUGUCCCAGUAUCCCCUAAGAAAACUGAAGGUCCAGACACCAUCAUUACAUUUCUGGGCAUACGACUUGACUCUGCAUCCAUGCAAGCAAGCUUACCACAAAAUAAAAUUACAAACCUUCUCAACAGCAUAAAUAACUACAUCUUGCUGGGUACUUGCAACCGCAAGGAACUGCAAUCUCUCAUAGGUUCCUUGAACUUUGCCAUGCGCAUCAUCCCUCAAGGGCGGGCUUUCAUAUCAAGACUUCUGUCUUUUCCCGCACUUCCGACACGACAACCAUAGACUGUCCUUGGGUACGCACGCCACAGAAGACCUGCACAUAUGGAAAGAAUUCUUGACCACCUGGAAUGGUAAAAGCUUGUUCCUCCCAGGUUUGUCUGACACAUCACCAACCAUAUGGUCAGACGCAGCGUCUACCACGGAUUUCGCAGCAAUCUUUGGGAACGAAUGGCUUUGGGGUAAGAGGCCUGAAGAAGUCCAUGACUUAGGAGGCUUUUUUACAACCUCAGCUCUUUUUGAUAUUUACCCCAUCGUAGCGGCUGCUGUGGCGUGGGGACAUUUAUGGUGAGGCUUGUCAGUCCGAUGCCACUCAGACAACCAAGCAACAUGUCAUAUCAUUUAACAAAGGCCGUUCAUCCCUAACAAUCAUGAAUUUUCUCAGGAAACUCACAUGGUUAGCAGCAUGUCACAACUUCUACUUGGUCUGCUUUUAUGUACCGGGCAUUAGUAACAUAGCAGCUGACAGUCUCUCGUUUCAACUUUCAGGCUUUUCGGCAAGCACUCCCGUCAGCCGCGCAGGCAGCCACAGCCGCCCCUCCGUUCCAACAGCUAACUAUGGACUAGAAUUAAUCAUGCAACAUAGCAGGGAUCUGUCCAAAUUGGCACUAUCAUCCAACACUCGCAAAACAUACAACAGAGCCUUCACUCUUUUCACAAGAUUUCUAUCGGACUACGACAUAUCCCAACCUUUUGUCGUGACAUCUAUCAUAGCCUUGGCUUCUUUUUGCCAUCUGAAAUGACACUUAUCUUACAACACCAUCAAAUUAUAUCUUGCAGGCAAUCAACAUCACAUGCUAACACUACAACCUAAUACACAUAGCUUCAUGUCAUCUUAUCAGAUAAAGAACAUACUCAGAGGUAUUCAGAAAUCUGUUCUUUCACGUUCCCCGCAGAGAUUACCUAUAGAUAAAACACUUUUGCAGUCAUUAUCCAACCAAUUAGACUCCAAACCUUUCCACUUUACCACCAACACAGUCAUCAAAGCUGCCAUGUACAUAGGCUUCUACGGUUUCCUCAGGCCAAGAGAAUUCACUACUAUCACCACCACUCAGACACAGAUGCCUUCUAUGCACACACCUACUCAAACACAUAGAUCACUACAUACUGGCACUACCCCAGUCAUAAACAAGCCAAAAUGCACCUCCAGUGGAGAUCACUUCUUAUUACCCUACCCAAAACAAAUGGUGUCCAGUGGCGGCUCUAAAUUCCUACCUUCUACUUUCCACAUCCCUACCAUCACAACAUUUAUUCGCACUACAAGGCUCUGUACUCACUACCACUACUUUCAUGAAAUACAUACGAUCCCUGCUCACCAUGCUAGGUUUUAACACUUCACUACUCGGGUCACUCCUUUCGCAUAGGGGCGGCCUCCCACAGCUUCCAGCGCCAACAUACCAGUGCACAUCAAAAAAUCUCUGGGACAUUGGAAAUCAUCCGCAUCUACGACUUACAUACCUAAACACAAUAAUUAAGAAAUGCAUUUAAAGAAAUGUCUGGAUAAUUGUAUAUAUUUGACUGUAUUAAAUCUUUUGAAUAUUCACUUUUUUUCCCUCUUUAUGGACAGGCCUACCAUAUCGUUGGUCUUGGCACACCACAACCGCUCUUUUAUACUAUUCUACGUUCUUAGUUGAACCUUACUCCAUAUACGGCCAUUUGCCCGUAACACCAGUAUUAAGGCCAUUUGGACUGUAAUUGUGGGAAGGGCUUAAGUUAAUUCACUCCCCUAUAUGCAUGUUUGUUUUCAGCUGUUCCCUAUUCCUCUCAUAAUAUAAAAUCCGUAAUGUGUGCACAUUAUGCCGUCUAUGGAGAGUACAUAUGACAUGCCUGUAUUCUACAUUGCUGGCUGUAAUAUUUGGAUAUAUGAAUAUGUAACUGUCCUGCACUAAAGACGAACGACACUGAGGUCACUCCCUGGCCGUGCAUUGCAGAUACUAUGAAUGGAUUUAACAGUGUAGUUGGGCGGAAGCCAUGUAGGGCAGUACAUAUACAGCUAAGGUGAUUCUACACCUGUAUACUAAAAGUGUGAGCCAAGUUAUUUCAUCCCAUCAGGUUACGUAACCUUAUCUUCUUUCUUCCACAGGUUACAGUUGCAGACAGCUCUCAACGACUUCUUCAGUAUUAUGUAAGUAACACACGGCCCCACACCCUGCUCUGUACCUGCUACUGUUAAGCUUCUGCAUGAAACGUCUUUUUAUUUAAUUUUUUUCUGUAUUGUCUCAUUAGCACGAACACAUGUAAAUUAUGAGCUUAAAGAAGAUGUGGCCGUCGUUCACUUUAACACCCCAAAUUCCAAGGUGAGUCUUUUGUGUUUUGGUGACCUCGUCUGUUACCAGGUUUUAGCUGACAUUGCCAGUGCUAGCCUUCCCAUAUACAGGUACUGGUUGGCUUCACUCAAGAGUUUUCUUAACCAGCCAUUACCUAACCUAGUCUGGCGGGUAUCUGUCCAGCCAUUACCUAACCUAGUCUGGCGGGUAUCUGUCCAGCCAUUACCUAACCUAGUCUGGCGGGUAUCUGUCCAGCCAUUGCCUAACCUAGUCUGGCGGGUAUCUGUCCAGCCAUUGCCUAACCUAGUCUGGCGGGUAUCUGUACAACCAUUGCCUAACCUAGUCUGGCGGGUAGCUGUCUAGCCAUUGCCUAACCUAGUCUGGCGGGUAGCUGUCUAGCCAUUGCCUAACCUAGUCUGGCGGGUAGCUGUCUAGCCAUUGCCUAACCUAGUCUGGCGGGUAGCUGUCUAGCCAUUGCCUAACCUAGUCUGGCGGGUAGCUGUCUAGCCAUUGCCUAACCUAGUCUGGCGGGUAGCUGUCUAGCCUUUGCCUAACCUAGUCUGGCGGGUAGCUGUCUAGCCAUUGCCUAACCUAGUCUGGCUGGUAUCUGUUCAGCCAUUGCCUAACCUAGUCUGGCAGGUGCCCUGCCCAGGCCUUACAUCAGGUUUGUGACCAUGAAAACCUUUCACUGAGCAUUUUCACAAUUAUGCCAUAAAUCAGGUUUAAACCGCUCUUCCAAAUCUUAUAACUAGGUGGUUGAUCCUAGAUCUGUUAAAGAUUAGGGUAGAUUUAUAUCGGUCCCAUAAAAUAUUCUGCUAUUGCCAUUAGAUUCUUGUCUCUUAUUCCCCAUGUUUUGCUGUGCUCCUGUUUCCAUGCGUGGUAUAAUUCUGUAUCCUUUCAGGUGAACACACUGUCUGAACAGCUGCAGAGUGAAUUCAAUGACGUUAUGAAUGAAAUCUGGGCCAAUGAUGCCGUUAAAAGUGCCGUGCUUAUUUCUUCUAAACCUGGGUGCUUCAUAGCUGGGGCCGACAUAAAGUGAGUCUUUCCUAAACUAUAGAAGGGUGACUGACUGAGCUGUAUAAGUGUGCCGUUUCAACCAUUUUCUGACAAUCUCUCUGUUUGCAGUAUGAUUGAAGCUUGUAAAACCCCUCAAGAAAUAACAAGGCUGUCUCAGGAGGGGCAGAAAAUGUUCGAAAAGCUGGAGAAAUCUCCCAAACCUAUUGUGGCUGCAAUCAAUGGCUCCUGCCUGGGUGGAGGGCUGGAGGUAUGUACUGUGGCAUGGCCUUUAAAUGGCAAUUUCUAUGUUGGCCAUCGACAGACUGAGCUGAAAAGUGUUAUUUUUCUUGUUCUAUUUUUUUUUUUUUUUUUUUAUGGUAACUUAAACUCGAGUCUAGAGACAUAGAACCCCAGAUUGCACUAGUGGACAACUGAUUGCAAACAGACAAUUCUUCCUGCAUGGACUGACACUGUGCAAAGCUUCCGUACAUGUUAUUUACAGGUUUCCCCUUCUGUUAAGGAAAAUCUGUGUUUUUUAUUUUAAUUUUAUUUCUUAUAUACAUAUUGUGCUUUUAAUGGUGAAUGUUACAGGCCAUGUGUAUCCGACUGCUUUAAAGACCCCGGGUUGGUAUUCUACGGUUUCUUGAGGUACAAUACCUCGUGUUUAUAGCUUGAUCAGAUUUUUGGGGAAAGUAUCAGUUUAAAUUGUUGACAUGGCCUUGUUUUUACAUGCCUGAUUGCUUGCUUCCUAGAGAAGCUAUAUAGUGACACCAUCUGACAGGCUUCAAACUUGCAUGGUAUUUCUAACCUCAAACAAUAACCAUAGCUUGACAAUCAGGAUAUGUGAUUUUACUGUGUAAGCUAGUCACCGUCUCCACAUUGUCUUAGCUGUGUGUUGUUGGCUCCCGUGGUGAUCACUCUGCUUUGGGCUGAUUUAAGAAGUAUUGAUUGCCUGCCUCAGUGGUUCCCUGGUACACACUGUUCAUGGCAUAUAUCAGGUACAGACCCUACCUGCAGCUUGGAGUGAUGCCAGGACAGCCUGUAGAAAGCUAUUGAUUAAUAUCUCCUGCUCGAAGCAUCUAGUAGCCCAGCUUAUAUUACCAUUGGCAUGCCACAAACUGUUUAAUUUCUGACAUCAAUGUGACCUGGUGCUACUGUGAUCAGAUAACUAGGGCAGUAUGUGAGGAUCUAUUGUUGGACUGCAUUAUUAUUGAGGAACGAGACUCCAGUCUGGGAGGGAUUUAAACAAAUGCUGUACCCUGUACAUCAGCAGUCACUGUAUUAGUGAUUGACCUUGUACAUUAAUGUCACAAAAGGGCGUAAGAACUCCCAGAGCUGGUACAAAAUACAGAUUAAAGGACAGUGCAGAGCAAGAUAACCUUUUAUAAUGGUACUAAAUAUCUCCUAUCUCAGCAAACAAGUAUGGGGAUUCAGUUCCACCAUACGGCCAUAUUGUGUUAAAGGACCACUAUAGCUCAGCUCAAUGAAGUGGCCUGGGUGCCAGGUCCCUCUAGUGUUAACCCUGCCUGCUGUAAACAAAGCUAUUUCAGAGAAACUGCUAUGUUUACAUUGGGGUUAAUCCAGCCUCUAGUGGCUGUCUCAUUGACUUUUCACAGACUUAUUGCAGUGAGAAGAUGCUACCGUCCAUACGAAAGCAUUGAGAAAUGCUUUCCUAUGGACUGAAUGCGCGCGACUCUUGCUGUGCAUGCGCAUUCGUCGGAAGAGGGAGGAGAGUCCCCAACGCCGAGCGAGCUUGACGCUGGAGAAAGGUAAGCCUGUAACCCCUUCCUCCCCCUAAAGCCUGGCAGGAGGGGGGUCAUGAGGGUUGGAGGGACCUAUUAACACUAGUGCCAGGAAGACGAGUUUGUUUUCCUGGCACUAUUGUGGUCCUUUAAGCCUAACAGUUCUUCACAGUACCCCAAUAUCUGUGGGUACUACACUACUUACAUCCCAGUGCCCCAGUAUCGGUGGGUACUAUGCUAAUUCCAACGUGGGAGACAAAUUGAAUAGUGCUAAAUAAGUUAGUGUCUUUGUGGCGGAAUCAACCUCGCCACUAUGCACUGGAGAAGCCUGAUUGCGCGCCUGCUCCCUUUAGACUAUGGCUCUGCAGUUCAAACCUGUUGUUUUCCCUGCUGAAAGGUUUAUUCGUGCCUUUCUGCUGGGGUGUUCGGUAGAUUGAAUCUACCGAACAAACUACUGAACGAUGGACCACCGGGGAACUGGAGUGUGCUGUCAAUUGACCGCCCAGAAGCUGCGGUUAACCGCAGCUUAAUUGAUGAACGCUGGGUGGCCUUUGUUCGGUUGCCGAACACGUGGCAGUGGCCAUUUUACCUCCCGGGCGGCCAGCGGUGUUCAGCGCCCAAACUAUGGAACUGAAAACGGACACUUAUUGGCGCGAACAACGCUGAGCCGCCAGCCUCCUUACCUCUCCGUUCGGUAGCGGAACCAAAUGACUGUUCAUUUGGUAGUUUAACCGGAUGAACAGCAUCACCCCAGAUAGCUAAGCCAUGGAGACUGUGAAAGACUUUGGCUCCAUGGCGAUUGAAAAGUAUGUAUGUGAUCUGAGCGCCAUUCGGUAGUAAUGUGCGCUCAGAUCUAAGCUAUCUGGGGAUAUGUAUAAUGUAUAUUUUUUAUGUAAUAAAUAACUGUAUGUAAUUUUAUGUCUCUUACUGAAAAUGUGUGUAAUGGAGUUUUGCCUCUGUCCUUGGAGAUAAUUGGAUUACUUCCCAAUUAUCUCCAGGAUAGAGAGGAGGGAUUGUGAUGCAUUGUGGGAUGGUUGAAAUGUGUAAGUCUGUGAUUGGUUCUUGUACCCUUUGUGUCCCAGUCUCCCAUCUGGUCCCCUAGGGGAGUGUCCACCAGGUGGGAGACCUGCAUAAAAGCCGGGCAGUUAGCCCCAGUAAAUCGGGUUCUGCUUGACCUCAAAACGAAGUGUCGUCUCGUUAUUGGGGGAAUUGGAUUGUAUGCUUUUCCUGUUCAGCUGCUUACAGCAUUCAAAUGCUUGAGAGCAUUUGUAUGCUUCUCCGGUUCGGUGCUUGUGGUGUCUGCUGCAGUGCUUGGAGUCCUCAGGAAGCGCUAGGAGCAUCCUUCAACAGAGGUACCCAGUCGGGGUGCCAGGUGAUUCGUUACAGUAUUUUAAUAAUUUAUUGUAAGAGCAUUGUUAUAUAUGGCAAAAGUAAUGGGAUUCAAAAAAAAAUGCAGUGUCAAAACUAAACAAUUAAAGUUAGUGCUUUGAUGUGUAAACUCACAAUGCAUAUCACAUAUCUGCUGUAUGCCAAUAGAAAUUAGAAUUAAAGUGACGUUACUAUCCAAAACCUCCUCAAAUGUUUACUUUCCUUUGGUAAAAGGAAACCGGAACACUUUUCAGAUGGAUGCCUUUAAGGGACACUGCAGGCACCCAAACCACUUCUGCCCAUUGGAGUGGUCUGGGUACCAACUCCCACGACCCUUUUCAUAAACUGCAAUAAUUACAUUGCAGGGUUAACUCCUCCACUAGUGGAUGUUUACUAGACAGCCACUAGAGGUCACUUUCUGGCUUCUAGCACAGGUUUUCUGUGUUAGAGCAUUGCUGGACAUCCUCACGCUAUGUCGCUCAAUUCGCCAUAUUUCUCCAAUUUUCAAUGCUUUCCUAUGGAGAAGUCUAAUAUAUGUGCGCGCGGCAUUGCCGCACAUGUGCAUUAGGUCUCCCGCGGCUGCGCAUGCGCGAUCGGUCUCCCCGCCGGAUGAUGGCGGGGGAGGAGCAUGGGCGGACCCGAAACCACCGCCGAGGGACAUCUGUUUCAGGUAAGUCGCUGAAGGGGUUUUCACCCCUUCCGCAACAUGGGAUGGGUGGUGGUAGGGUGAGGGGACCUGCAGUGCCAGGAAAACUAUUUGUUUUCCUGGCACUGGAGUGACCCUUUAACCUUUGUAGGUUGUUCCACCUCAUUGUAAAUAAUUGUACUUCUCUACGGCCGUGUCUCUGUGCUGUAAUAUGUUAUUCUGUUGAUGGAGUUCUGUAAUUGGUAUCUAAUAUAAAUUUGUGCUGUACAUAGGUGGCCAUUGCUUGUCAAUACAGAGUGGCGACAAAGGACAAGAAGACCGUCCUUGGGACUCCUGAAGUUCUGCUUGGACUGCUGCCAGGGGCUGGAGGAACUCAGAGACUACCUAAAAUGGUAAGUGAGCUGCAAUGGCUAGUGACAGGACACUAAAGUGAGAAUUCUGUCUGGAUUUCUACAUUUAAGAUCAAAAUGGUUAAACAGGAAAGAUUCUGUUAACUCACAAGCCCGCAAAGCUUCCAGUUCAGCUACUCUGUCCUUAACGUUAAAAUUCUCAUUGUAGUAAAUAACCUUGUUAGUGUUUCUGGUUUUAAGCCAUUCUUAAAGGACCACUCUAGGCACCCAGACCACUUCAGCUUAAUGAAGUGGUCUGGGUGCCAGGUCCAUCUAGGGUUAACCCAUUUUUUAAUAAACAUAGCAGUUUCAGAGUACGUUUUUACCCCUUUCCCCCUUCCAGAGCCGGGCGGGAGGGGGACCCUGAGGGUGGGGGCACCCUCAGGGCACUAUAGUGCCAGGAAAACAAGUAUGUUUUCCUUGCACUAUAGUGGUCCUUUAACUAAACAGAUUCAUUGCUCGGUGUUUACAUUUGGAAAAGCCAUCACCGUUCAGACAAGCUUCAAACAGCCUUGAUCUAUUCUACAGUCCCUCAAGACACUGGAAUGACCGGUACCUGCUGUGUCCAUUCCAUUAACCAGUUUAGCUGAUAAGUAGACUCUUACAUUCGGUUUCCAACAAAUUGCGAUUUGUCAUAAUUUUGGCCGAUCAGCAGUUUGUCCAAAACCCCAAACUCUGAAACACUAUAAGGACAUAUCACGACAUUAACAAAACGGCAAGUGCGAGAAACUGUUUGAUUUGUGAGUCUGGAUUCUGUACGUGGCACAACAAAAACAAUGGGGGGGGGGGGUUGAUUUGGUGUAUGAACAGCCACUAAAUAUUGUUUUUAUACACCAGUUAGAAGCAAGGAGCAGGAAAAAUAAUAUAAAAUGUGUUGGUGCAAGAGCACCACCUACUGGUAAUAUUGCAAAUUAAAGGAUCACUAUAGUGUCAGGAAAAAAAAACAGUUUUCCUGACACUGUCAUCCUUUGGGGACCCUCACACUCAGGGUCCCCCUCCUGUGUCGCUGAAGGGGUUAAAACUCCUUCAGCUACUUACCUUUAUCCAGCGCCGGGCUCCUUCUGCGCUGGUGACUCUCUUGAAUAAAGGAUUGACCAUUCUGUGUAUCUCGGGUUACCCGUCUUUCUGUAUUGUAUUCUUUUGAUUGUAUACGAUAGCAUUUAGAAGUCGUAUUACAGUAUAAUCCAGUUCAAUUCAGCCACAGCUAAAACAUACAGUACUAUGUUAGUAAUAUAAUCCAUUUAAACAUUGUUUGAACUUUUCCACUAUGUUCAGAGGAAGAAAGGGAUUGACAGGGCUUAGAGGGAGGCACUAUGUUACAGAAUAGAAGUGUGAAUUUACAUUUAAUUUUAUAUUUCAGAGCUCACAAUCCUAAUUGCUGAACGUAGGAUAUCCGUAAACAUAUAGAUAAAAAAAAAAUCCUGAGGAGUGGCCAUUUCCAUUUAAAUAUUCUUGAGAUGAGAACAGUAUUAUUGCAAUGGAUAGCCUAAUGAGAUGAGAACAGUAUUAUUGCAAUGGAUAGCCUAAUGAGAUGAGAACAGUAUUAUUGCAAUGGAUAGCCUAAUGAGAUGAGAACAGUAUUAUUGCAAUGGAUAGCCUAAUGAGAUGUGUUUUGGUAUUUAAGGAAUUUAUAAUAAGCAGCCAUGAAACUGCUACGGAUGGACUGGUUGCUAUUUUACCCAUGAUCUGCCUCUUUAGGUUGGUCUUCCCACAGCCUUUGACAUGAUGCUGACUGGGAGAAACAUCCGGGCUGACAAGGCCAGGAAGAUGGGUUUAGUUGACCAGCUAGUCGAUCCUCUUGGUGAGUUUUCUUUCUUUUGAAUCUUUUAUCCAGAGCUUUAUGGCUUUAGGCCAAGUAGUGUAGGCUGUGGCUGUUACCCGUGGAGCCUCCAUGAACCUGGACAACUACUGUGGGACCGACUGCUUUAAAAAAAACAGAUUGUAACUGUAAUUACUGUAAAUGAUGUCCCCAAAAAGUUUAUAAUCUUAAAAAAAAUAUGUAAUUUAAUGGGAAACAAACUAUUCUAGUGCUUGUGGAAGCCAUAGUCUCUUCAUUAACUGAAGAUCUCACCUGUUCCUGAUCCUUCAAUUAAAUUCGUUUAACCACAUAAUGUAUGGGUUUAUAGCUUGCCAUUUCCAGGGCCAGGCUGCAAUAAGGUAUUUAUAGUGUUAAGUUCUAAACGAUUUUGCCCUCCUACUUUCUAAUAGGCCCUGGCCUGAAGAGUCCAGAAGAAGGAACCAUUGAGUACCUGGAAGAGGUGGCAGUGGAAUAUGCUAGAGGCAUUGCCAACAAGAAGAUCUCCUUAAAGAAAGACAAAGGGCUGAUAAAGAGUAAGACACAGGGUGCAUCUUUUUGGUCAAUAUGUCUUGAAAUAUUGUCCCAUGUGGCCACACUGGGUGACGUGGUUUGCUGAGCAUGCUGCAUUAACAGGCACUUUGACUUCCCUUUUCUUUUCUUAGAUUCUACUCGGUCACUUUUGACAGGAUCUAACCUUGUAGGUCAAGCAUGUCAAACCUGCGGCCCACAAUGUCUCUUUGCAGCCCAGGGCAAGAUUGGCCUACUGGGAUACUGCCACGGGGCCGCUUUGUGCUGCGGCCCUCCCGUGGGCUGCAGCCAAUCACAUGCUCCAUUGUAUAGAGUCCUUUUUGGCUGCAGUGCUACAGUGUGCAGAGAGGCUGGUGGCGUGCAGAGCAGGCCAGCCACUCCCCCUUACCUGCUCCUUGCAGUGCCAGAGGAGCCUGUGGCCUCCUUAAGCAGAGAUCAUGCAGGGCUAGACUGGAAGACUGCUUGAGGGAGGGGAAAAGGGGUUUGUAGGAACCUUUGUGUAGUGUAUUCAAUCUGGGGGCAGGGAGGGGAGGACAAUGUAUUCAAUUAGGGGGGUGGGAGUGGGGGCAAUGUGUUAGAUUGGGGGUGGCAGUGUGUUAAAUUGGGGGGAGGGUGCGGUGUAUCAGAGUAUGGGGGAAUGGGGCUAAAGGAGGCUAGUUUUUAGUUUGGGACGGGGGGCAUAGUAAUUCAUUUUAAGUGAUACUUUUGAGUAAAACACACCUACACCCACCACCACCCAUGUCAUCAUACAUAUGGUUUCCAUGCGAAUGAUCCAAGUGACUUUAGUUUGUGUUGGUCUAGAGGUCAAACUUUAAAUUUACGUCCCACAUAAACUUAAACCCUGGCCUGUGUUAGCCUUUCAGCUUCUUUUUGAAAGCUUUCUGUGUUUUCAUUAAACUACACUGCUAACUCCAUGAGACUUCAUAACUUCCUGGAUUGUAAUAUGUAUAUUUUCCAGGGUUGGUAGAAGUAUUUGCUGUGUGUUCAUUUAGUUUGUGCAUGUACACCUUCACUUGUUUUUACGUUUUGCACUAUAUAUAUUCUGGUGUGGCGUGACGCCAUAGUGGGUGUAUUUAUUGCACUAUAUAUAUUCUGGUGUGGCGUGACGCCAUAGUAGGUGUAUUUAUUGCACUAUAUAUAUAUUCUGGUGUGGCGUGACGCCAUAGUAGGUGUAUUUAUUGCACUAUAUAUAUAUAUUCAUUCUGGUGUGGCGUGACGCCAUAGUAGGUGUAUUUAUUGCUCUAUAUAUAUUCUGGUGUGGCGUCACGCCAUAGUAGGUGUAUUUAUUGCACUAUAUAUAUAUUCUGGUGUGGCGUGACGCAUAGUAGGUGUAUUUAUUGCACUAUAUAUAUAUUCUGGUGUGGCGUGACGCCAUAGUAGGUGUAUUUAUUGCAAUAUAUAUAUAUUCUGGUGUGGCGUGACGCAUAGUAGGUGUAUUUAUUGCACUAUAUAUAUAUUCUGGUGUGGCGUGACGCAUAGUAGGUGUAUUUAUUGCACUAUAUAUAUAUUCUGGUGUGGCGUGACGCCAUAGUAGGUGUAUUUAUUGCAAUAUAUAUAUAUAUUCUGGUGUGGCGUGACGCCAUAGUAGGUGUAUUUAUUGCACUAUAUAUAUUCUGGUGUGGCGUGACGCCAUAGUAGGUGUAUUUAUUGCAAUAUAUAUAUAUAUUCUGGUGUGGCGUGACGCCAUAGUAGGUGUAUUUAUUGCACUAUAUAUAUAUAUAUUCUGGUGUGGCGUGACGCCAUAGUAGGUGUAUUUAUUGCACUAUAUAUAUAUAUUCUGGUGUGGCGUGGCAUGCAUGGUAGGUGUGUAUUUAUUGCACUAUAUAUAUAUAUAUAUAUUCUGGUGUGGUGUGUAUAGUGGAGUGUAUUUAUUGCACUAUAUAUAUUCUGGUGGUGUGGUACGUGGCGUCAUAGUAGGUGUAUUUAUUGCAAUAUAUAUAUAUUCUGGUGUGGCGUGACGCCAUAGUAGGUGUAUUUAUUGCAAUAUAUAUAUAUAUUCUGGUGUGGCGUGACGCCAUAGUAGGUGUAUUUAUUGCACUAUAUAUAUAUUCUGGUGUGGCGUGACGCCAUAGUAGGUGUAUUUAUUGCACUAUAUAUAUAUAUAUAUUCUGGUGUGGCGUGACGCCAUAGUAGGUGUAUUUAUUGCACUAUAUAUAUAUUCUGGUGUGGCGUGACGUCAUAGUAGGUGUAUUUAUUGCAAUAUAUAUAUAUAUUCUGGUGUGGCGUGACGCCAUAGUAGGUGUAUUUAUUGCAAUAUAUAUAUAUUCUGGUGUGGCGUGACGCCAUAGUAGGUGUAUUUAUUGCAAUAUAUAUAUAUUUUCUGGUGUGGCGUGACGCCAUAGUAGGUGUAUUUAUUGCACUAUAUAUAUUCUGGUGUGGCGUGACGCCAUAGUAGGUGUAUUUAUUGCACUAUAUAUAUAUUCUGGUGUGGCGUGACACCAUAGUAGGUGUAUUUAUUGCACUAUAUAUAUAUUCUGGUGUGGCGUGACGCCAUAGUAGGUGUAUUUAUUGCACUAUAUAUAUAUUCUGGUGUGGCGUGACGCCAUAGUAGGUGUAUUUAUUGCACUAUAUAUAUUCUGGUGUGGCGUGACGCCAUAGUAGGUGUAUUUAUUGCACUAUAUUGGCACUCUCCACCUCUCCAUUUAUUACACUAUAUUGGCACGUCUUUGCUCUCAUGAUUCCCUACGUGGUCUCAGGAAAGGUGACAUCCAGACACUAGAAAGGAUUCCUGGAGGGUCAAUUUUAAAUACUUCCUUUCACCAAAAGCAAUCCCAAUUCUACAUUGCUAUUGCUCUCAAUUAGACACUUUCCUGCAAUUACUGCUUGUGGGAAAGAUUACCAGAGUUAUUUAUUAACGUGUGAAUUGUCAGUAAUUGAGUGAAUUUAGAGUUUUAGGCCGCUUUGGCUGAACUGAAACAUUCUCCAAGUCGCCUGUUUCUAUUCAAUAUAUUUUGUUCUUUGAAUCCACAACAAUUCACUUUUCAGUGGAAAAUCCUGUUUGUUAGAAUUAUCUGGAAGUGCUGGUCUGCAGCUGUCUUAAUAGCCAUCAGGCCUGUCUUGGUAUUUUGAAAUCUAUUCCUUCUUUCUUUCCUCAUUGAUAUGAAGAUUUUGUUUCUAUAGUGAAUUUCUUAUGGUGUCUGUCUCCUUGUCUUUCAGAGAUCACCGACUACGUCAUGUCUGUACCAUUUGUAAGGCAGCAAAUCUACAAUACUGUGGAAAAAAAGGUUAAGAAGCAGACAAAAGGGCUUUAUCCUGCACCCCUCAAAAUUAUUGAGGUAUGUUAAGUAAUGUGUAGCUUAGAACAUCUGAUUUUGGAAGGUUCUGUUUUGUUUAAACAGGAGAUAUUAAUAGGGAUAUUUAAAGGAGCACUAUAGGGUCGGGAACACAAACAUGUAUUCCUGACCCUAUAGUGUUAACACCACCAUCUAACCCCCCUGGGUCCCUCAUGCCUCCAUAAAUAUAAUAAAAUCUUACUGUAUUCAAGCCAGAAGCUGUAACUCUGCAUGCUGUUAGACUCAGAAAAACAGUCUGCUGACAUCAGAAGUGGUGGCCUGAUCCAAUCACAUUGCUUCCCCAUAGGAUUGGCUGAGUCUGACAAGGAGGCAGAUCAGGGGCAGAGCCAGCAUGAUUCAAACACAGCCCUGGCCAAUCAGCAUCUCCUCAUAGAGGUGAAUUGAAUAAAUGAAUCUCUAUGAGGAAAGUUCAGUGUCUGCAUGCAGAGGGAGGAGACACUGAAUGUUUGGAUGCAUUUUAGGCAGCCAUGACCCAGGAAGGAUCUCUAACAGCCAUCUGAGGAGUGGCCAGUGAAGUUAUCACUAGGCUGUAAUGUAAACACUGCAUUUUCUCUGAAAAGACCGUGUUUACAGCAAAAAGCCUGAAGGUAAUGAUUCUACUCACCAGAACACAUUCAAUAAGCUGUAGUUGUUCUGGUGACUAUAGUGUCCCUUUAAUAAUCAUUAGAAAUUGGUCUAUGAGACAUGCUCCCUCUGUAUGAUUUCUGAUUGUUGAAAUACUUUUAGAUACGCAAUACAAAAUCAGUUGCUAAAUAUGGAACCCAUAGAUGCACUGUCUUGACUAUAGCUAUUUAUAGCGCUGGUAAUAUCGACGGAUUAGUUCAUGUUCCUUCUAGCUAUGAAGGAUUCGUGUAUUUGGAAGGUGUAUAACUAGUGUUCACAGACACUACAAACUGGAUCUAUGUUUAGUUAGCUGUGUCUGGCUCAGUGUAAAAUGCCUUCUGAGUAGAGAUUCAUGUCAGAGGUUUGUGUAUAUUGAUUCUCCCAUUUUAUUUGAUGCCAGGUAGUGAAGACUGGACUGGAGCAGGGAUCGGAUGCUGGCUAUCUUGCAGAGUCUCAGGUAUAGUGCUGCAUUUAUUAGCUGUCUUGCUCCUUGUCUUCCAGCGUGAUUGUCCUAGGUUGUUUCAUUGGAAGAAUGCUUUGUUUAGUACUUUAGUUGGACAUCCCCACUUUCUCUCACAAAACCUUACCUUUUGUUUGUCUUCAGAAAUUUGGUGAGCUUGGAAUGACCAGCGAGUCCAAAGCACUAAUUGGCCUGUACCACGGCCAGGUUCUCUGCAAGAAGAAUAAGUUUGGAGCUCCUCAGAAAGAAGUUGCGUAAGUGGACAAGUCAUGUCACUGACCGAAUGAUUGAUUUGUGGAGAUGAGUGGUGGGACGGCAUUGUGAAGAAUAAGUUAGUCGUUGCUCAGUCAUGUUUGUUUCCUGUUGAAAAUAAGAUGGCGUUAAGGCUUGAAACAUAUACUUUUAUACAAGGUUGCAGGCACCAAAUUGCUGGUAAUUCAUGUCGGUAUGUGGGUGCGUUGAGUGAUUUAUUCACUUUUACUCCGUUAGUAUAAUGGUGCUCAGUUUGUCUUUCCGCUCCCCUCUCUGACUCUCUAGGACAGGAGUAGGUAACUUUUGGCACUCCGGAUAUUUCAUCUCCCAAUACAGCUAUAAUGCUGGCAAAGCAUCAGGGGAGGUGUAGUCCACAAUAUCUGGAGUACCAAAGGUUGCCAAUCCUUGCUCUAGGACAAGCUGUGAAAGUGCUUUUGAAAUUAGUGGUGACAGGCAUGUAUGCAUUAUUGUAAAAGUCCCUUUUGCUCUGUGCAGGAAGUUGGCUAUCCUCGGUGCUGGACUCAUGGGAGCUGGGAUUGCCCAAGUGUCUGUGGAUAAAGGGCUAAAUACUAUUCUGAAAGACACAACAGUUGAAGGUCUGGGCAGAGGACAGCAGCAAGUCUUCAAAGGGUAAGCUGUAAAAAUAGGGUGGAACUUUUUUCCCAUUUGGAUCUGUUUUCCAGUGUUCUUGAUUUUAUUUGUGAUUAGAAAAAAAAAAACUCCUAAAAAGAGUUGACUUGCUCCAACUUGUGGUCCAGUUUUAGCUAAUAAAAUAUUUAUAAAUAUGGAGGAUAAAGUACGCAAGACGAGCGCAAGGUGAGCAAAAUACAUGAAUCCAACCUGAUAGUUGGGUGUACAUGAACAUAGAACCACAGUAGGAUAUCUGAGAAAAGACCAAACAAAAGAAAUGCAAUACGCCCAAAAAUGGCAAAAGGAGGAGGUGAGAGAAUCAUUCUCAGGCCUGUUCCCCACCCCCCACAGGGUUAUCUGAAUGCAGUUAAUCUAACAACUCUUAAUGUGUUGGUACAUACAGAGAAAAAAAGAAGCGGAUAGUGCAAUACGUAAUCUAUAAAUUACUAUUCAAUAGUGGUAUGCACUUACACGACCAACCGGUAUAGAUUCUUGUCUCCACUGUUAGUGGACCCACCGAUAGUGCCUCAGUCUCCAGCAUUAUGGAAGGAGGAUAUGGCGCCAGAUGAAGACACCUAUAGAUAAAAUGUGAAUAAAAACUGUCCAGUUCUAAUAAUCUGCUAUAAUCUUGGACGUGGCGUUUUGGUGAUUACUCUAUUCAGAGGUAGAAUUAGCUUCGUAUUUUCGAUCCGUGACAUUUGUGUUCUGUCCUAUACCUUCCCGCAGCCUGAGCGAUAAAGUGAGGAAGAAGAACUUGACGUCCUUUGAGCGGGACAGUCUGAUUAGUAACCUGACCGGGCAGCUGGAUUAUAAGGGCUUUGAGACGGCAGACAUGGUGAUUGAAGCUGUGUUUGAGGAUAUCCGCAUUAAACACCGGGUGCUGCAGGAAGUGGAAGCUGUAAGUGUCUAUUCUUAUUCUGAGAACAUGUCACAAUGUUUUAAUGUUGGCGCUAAGCAUUCUGACAGCAUUGGCACUGAUUAAGUAUUUGGUCGUGUGGAAAGAAUAUAAAAAUGGCAUCUGAACAGGCGUUUGAGCUCAUGGCUGCUGCAGUUGCUGUAAUUGCUCUUUUUCUUCAGCUAGAUUCACGUGAUGCAAGUUCACACCUUUUUUAUUUAUUUUUUCUGCAAAUUAACUUUCUAUACAUUUUUCUUCCAGGUUGUUCCUCCACACUGUAUUUUCGCCAGUAAUACGUCUGCUCUCCCCAUUUCACAAAUCGCCGCCGCCAGUAAAAGGCCGGAUAAGGUGAGAACAGCAGCCCUCUUUCCAUUUUAAGUCUGCCUUCAACAUCCAAAACUAAUUCUCUCCAUUAGCAUCACUGUUCCUCCUGAUCUGUCAUUCCUAUCGAAGGACGUGCCAGUGGACAGAAUGCCAGUUGAUUGGUGAUUCAUGUGUUAAGAAGUAUAAAGUAUAGGUAUUGAGAAUUUUGAUUAUAGUUAGUUGGAGGGAAAUUAUGUCUUAUUCGUGUCACUUUGUUCCAGGUAAUAGGAAUGCACUAUUUCUCCCCGGUGGACAAGAUGCAGCUACUAGAGAUAAUCACCACAGACAAAACGUCCAAGGACACCACGGCUUCAGCUGUGUCCGUCGGCCUUAAACAGGGAAAAGUCAUUAUUGUUGUGAAGGUAUGUAGUCUUUGAGAACUCUCAUAACCCAUUAUUGGUUCUGUUAAGCCCUGGAAUAAGUUACUUUUCCUUGUUCUUUUAGAACAUUCAUCUCCUAACCAAUCAUUUUUGUUUCACAUUGUGAGCAAUUUAUUUUAAUUGUUUUUGGCUGAGCAAUAGAAAUGUGCAAACCGAUUCCUCUCUUAAUACGAUUUCAGGAUGGACCAGGCUUCUAUACCACCAGGUGUCUGGGUCCGAUGAUGGCAGAGGUAGUCCGUGUUCUUCAGGUGAGUCUCUUUUUAAUGGUUUAAAAUGUCUACCAAUCUAAAAAAAAACAAAAAACUAAACCACUUUUUUAUAUAUCUAUAUCACAUGACAUUUGUCUUGAGGAGUAACCUCUUUUUUUUCCCAUCCCAUCUGAAAGGAAAGCAGUGGGAUGGCAGAGGAGCAGUGGACUUUGUAAUUGUUAAACGUUACUUAAAUUCAAAGUCUGCGUAAGGAGCUUAUACAUAUGCAUUCGCUGGAGGGGAUUGUGUGCUGUUUUCAUAUAUGAAUUUUAACUUCAAGCUAUUCUGCCUUUGAUUUUUCACUCUUAGGAAGGUGUUGACCCCAAGAAGUUGGAUGCCCUCUCGACUGGCUUUGGUUUUCCAGUGGGUGCUUCCACGCUGGCUGAUGAAGUGGGCAUUGAUGUGGCAGCUCAUGUUGCUGAGGACCUUGGAAAAGCUUUUGGAGAAAGAUUUGGUGGAGGAAACAUUGAGCUGUUGAAAGCUAUGGUAGCUAAAGGAUUCUUGGGUAAGUUUUCAGAUGGGGCUAAAAACUGAGCAUUUUGAGACCUUUUCCAUGACGCAACUUGUACAAAGUUAUCAUUCCAACAGCACCUGCAAUUUGAGGGACUUUGUUAUUUCCUCGCUUGGUUACCUGCAUCUCAAUGUGACAGCCCCUUACUGAACCUAUUCAGACUCCUACAUUCUGCCUCUCACACAGUGUUUCUCUUAUAGCAUGUACAACUAGUUGAUUAUCUCACUGAUUAAUAAGAUUUUAUCAGUUGUGUCCUAAAAAAGUCUUGUUUGACCGGUGAUGUCCAUAGAAAUGAUUCGACAUUGUCCCUGCCUUAAAUUAAAUCACCACUGUAUAAACACCUCAAGCCUCUCCCAUGCAGUUAUUGGUAUACAGUUGAAGGGGUAAUAAACAAGGGUAGAAUGUUAAAUAUGAUGCUAGUCACAGAAUCCGUUUCACACUUGGAAAGUGAAGUAAGAAGUUCUAAAACUUGGCACUGUGACUUCACAAAAAACUCUGUAAAUCUAUACAUAAAUGUAAAAUCUGUGUGUGUAUAUAUUUAUAUGUAUGUAUGUAUGUAUGUAUAUUUGUGUGGGUUUUUUUUUUUUGCUUUAUAUAAAUGAGCAAAUAAGUCCAUUAACCUUUAGAAAGUAUCCCUUGGUGCAAAGUUCACCAGGAUGAGACUCUUCAAUCUCCCCAUCCUCAAAGAGUAGUCCAAUACUCACACUAUUGCUAAAUAGCUGCCAGUCAGUUUAUACACAGGUGAGGGAAUGCAGAGUGCUUAUGGUGCUUGGUGUGACAUUUAAUUUAGCUGUGUAUUCACAAAAACCCUGGCGACCUUUGGGCCACUUUUAUUGUGAGUUCCACGCGCUUGGUGUGUACUGAAAUUGUAUGUAAAAUAAAUACCCCAUUACUACACACUUUGGAGGUGUGUGAUAAGUUACUGUCUUUGCGUAAACCUCACCAAGGGGGUGUGGCAAUUUUUAAAAACUGCUUUUAGCUCACUUCUUCCUGUAUUUUGUUUCUACAUGACAAAGUAUUUGCUAUUCUUGUGUUUUUUGUUUUUUUUAUCUAGGCCGUAAGUCAGGGAAAGGAUUUUACAUCUAUCAGGCUGGAGUGAAAAACAGAUCUAUAAACAAUGGCACAGAAGAAAUUCUUGAGAAGUUCAAGCUGCAGGCUCGCCCAGAGGUGUAAGUUUCUCACUGUGCCUCUGCUCGUCGGACACUGCUUUACAUUGUUCAUUUUCAUUUCUUUCCUGGUUACACAGUGCGCGGCGACUCCAGAUCUGUGACACUUAUUCUCACCUGUUAAAUUUUUGUGCUCUCCUGGCAUCUUUCUAAAUGCUAUUCUAGCUUUACAUCUGGAGACCGGUUUAAAUGGAAAGUCCACUUAGACCGUGAUAUUCUGUGCAGCAAACUAUAGGCACUUUCAACUGACCUCCAACUUUGUAGAAUGUUUUCUGGAAGCUGCCGACUAAUCUUUCAGAGUAUAGUAAAAGUCAGCAUUCAAACCUGACAGCCUCACAAUUGAACCAUGUAUAAAAUGUUACUGUCCCCAUAUAUUGACUUUAAUGUGCAGAUUAUAUGUAAUGGCCCUCACAAGCUUCCUUUGAUUCAGACCUGGCCUACUGAAGAGAUUAAGCUAUGUCUUGGUUAUGCACCAAACAGAGUUAAAGGGACACUGCAAGCACCUUACCAGUAGAGCUGGUGAUGUCAAUCUGACUUGCAUUCCUAACACUAAAGAUUCCCUUUAAGAUAACAUAAAAUUUAAGAAAAUGUGAGGGAAUUGAAACGGCAAGUUUCAUAGACAGGUUUCCUAAUUACUGUGAUAAGCUAUAGUGGUUAUGGUACUUAGAACAAUACUGCAUUAAAGUAACAAUGUAAUGCAACGCAACCUAAUUGUUAUGAAGUUGUGUUCCCUUUUUAUUUAGAACUAUUCAUGUUUACGCUCAGUUAGAAAAUUCUAGUGUUUAAUGUGUUUUGAUGACUGUACAAAUACUAAUAUAUGUAAAUUGUUUUGAAUAAUGACGUUAUAAAUCCAAACAAUAGAGACCAAACCAAGUCUUCCCACCAAUAUCAACUGGUAAAGUAAAUGUGUCUAGAUCAUUCUAAUGGCUAGGAAUAUCAACUGGUAAAGUAAAUGUGUGUAGAUCAUUCUAAUGGCUAGGAAUAUCAACUGGUAAAGUAAAUGUGUGUAGAUCAUUCUAAUGGCUGGGUACUAAAACAAUUUCUGCUGAUGCCAUGCAGUUACAAAACUAAUUGUUAUGCAUCACAUUGUUAUGUGGAUCUCAAGUUGGGCUUGGUGGAAUUUAUUAAUCUGAUUUUAAUAAAGCUACUCACAUGAAGACUAGUAGCUGCCUCUCUAUAUAUCUGAGCUUGGUGCUACUGCGAUUUGCUGCUUUGAAGCAUCUUCUCUCUGUGAAAUAGUGAUUUGUCUGCAGUUUCCAGCAUUAGUUUAGUAAAGUAACAGGUGAAUGGCUUAUUUCCCUUUCUUUCAGUUCCUCCGAUGAGGACAUCCAGAUGCGCCUGGUCACUCGAUUUGUGAACGAGGCAGUAAUGUGUUUGCAGGAAGGCAUUCUCAGCAACCCAGUAGAAGGUGACAUUGGGGCUGUCUUUGGCUUGGGAUUUCCACCAUGCCUUGGAGGUAGGCUUGCAUUUUUAGCUUUGUUCUUGGUUUCCAACGGUGUAUUUUGACUUUCUGAAUAGAUAUUGGACAUUUGCUUACAGUUGUUUUUUAGUAGGCUUGUGUAGCAGACUAAUGAAGGUAAACACAAAUCUUGGACUGAAUGUUUGCAAGACAGAGUAGACUAUGAGUGAAGAAUGGGAAAUUGAUUAAACUCUUAAGUGUCUGUGUUGGCAUUAUGUAGAAAUGAUAAUCAAAUAUGUGACUUGUCUAAUUUUUUUUUUGUAUGUAUGAAUGAGCUUUUAAUUUUAAACAAACCUGUGUUUGUGUUUAGGUCCAUUCCGGUACACUGAUGCGUAUGGAGCAAAACGUCUUGUGGAAAGGUUGAGAAAAUACGAGACUGUGUAUGGAAGCCAAUUCACACCGUGCCAGCUUUUGAUUGACCACGCCAACGAUCCUAACAAAAAAUUCCACCACUAACGGUCUCUUUACAAUGAGCACUAAUCAGGAAUUCCGUCCAUGCUGUGUAGAGAAGGGCAAUUGCUAAGGUGCAGCGUGGACAAUUUAUUAACCUUGCUUAAAGAGGUACCGUACGUGCCUUAGAAAUAACAUUACCCAGGCACUGGGUUCCAGCAUUUCCAAUGCUUUCUGUAAAGUAUGGCACUUGAUUUUUGCACUUAGUUCUUGCUGUGAGACAUGGUAAAUAAUGCUCAUUAUCGGUGAGGCCAUGGUGGUGGACAUGAGGUGACGUUUGGCCCAUUGCUCCAGCAACGCAUCCAUUCCAUCGCAAUGUGGACAUUACAUUAUGAAUAAAAUAUUUUCAAUCUGUUGCCAGCUAUUGAGUUUCUCCAAAGGUCAUCUGGGUCUGCGCUGUCAUUGUUGAAGCCCACAGAUUCUAAUACAGAUUCAUCUAGUAGUCGAUAGAAAGCUAUGCUGAAUCUGGUAUAGAAUAUAUUAAAUUAACUGGUUCACCUCAAUCUGUCAAAUACCUUUAUUCAACGAUACAUAGCUUAUAAAAUCAGAUGCUUUCCAAUGUUGAAAAAGAUAUUCUCUAAAGGGGGUGAAAACGUUACUUCUCUGAAAACUCAAUCAUUGAAUAAAACAUUGACAAUAAUGGUAUUAACCGGUUUCAUGCGAUGCUCUGUUUUCUUUUAAAUUUACAUAAAAAAUGUAGCAAAUUACAAUCCAGUUGAGCCAGGGAACAC